AUGGGUGUAAGUCAAGGUCUGGGACAACUUCUUAGUUUUUCAGCUAUUACAUUAACACUUUGGUAUGGUUUGAAAUUAACACGAACUGAAAGUCACCAUUACACACCUGGAGCAUUAUUUAUGAAUGUAACAAUUUUAGCAACACAAUUUAUGCCAUGUUUCCAGACGUUUGCAGAAGCGUCAGCUAGCGGAAGUUUUGUAUUUGAUAUGAUCGAACGAGCAAAUAUUAAUGUUUUGGAUGGCGAAGGAAAGAAACCAGAAACAAUCAAGGGUGACAUCGAAUUUAAAGAUGUAACAUUUAGUUAUCCUACACGGCAAGAAUCUUGUAUUUUACAAAAUUUCUCAAUGAAAAUAUCAUCUGGUAAAACGAUUGCUUUAGUUGGAGCAUCCGGUUGUGGUAAAAGUACUAUUAUUCAAUUGAUACAACGUUUCUAUGAUCCAGACAAUGGUCAAAUAUUGAUUGAUGGACAUGAUAUAAAAACAUUGAAUGUGGCUUGGCUUCGUUCACAUAUUGGAAUUGUUAGUCAAGAACCAGUUCUGUUUGAUGGAUCAAUUGAAGAGAAUAUUCGAUUAGGAAAACUAGAUGCAACAGAUGAGGAAGUUAUUGCUGCAGCCAAAUUAGCUAAUGCACAUAAUUUUAUUAUGGACUUUCCUGAGAAUUAUAAAACAAUAUCAGGUGAUAAAUUAAGUGGUGGUGAAAA